GUUUGCGAAGUUUAAAGUAAAAAGGAGUGAAAUUGUGUAACUUAGGUGGGGUAUAAUGUGUGUUAUAUAACCGACAUGAUUCAUCAAAAAGUUAAAAGUGAUUCCUUGGGAAAAUUUGAACCAGCAAUACUUCAUUGCAAAAGAAACAGUUUGAGCUUCAUUGGGAAUGUUUCCAAGCAUAAAAGCUGGCUCUUUCAACCAUAAUACAUGUAUCUAUGAUUAUUGAUAAUAAAUUUCCUGGGGCGACAUGGAAACAUAUUUCCGCUGCACUCAAAAAUCAUUGAUUUCAAAUUAAAAUGUGACAUCUGCUAUCAUUCUGAUACCUUCGUACCUUCAUCUUUAUAGGCAAAUAUGUCAAACUGUUUAAUUAUUCCAGAAAGAAUUAGUGACAGCGACGAAGAGAUUUUUGUCAAGCCAGAUUAAAUGUGGGGGAAAGUUGCGUGCCCUAGAAAACUGUGGCUGUAUUCUCCCCCCCUUAUCCGAAUUUUGCGAUAAGCAUGCUGCUAUGGCAUAAUCCCCUUCAAGGAUACGAGCUUCCUUGGAAAUUCCAACUAACGUUACUUAAACCUUCAAGAUCCAAAGGUAAAUUGAAUCGAAUUAAUUCUAAAGUUAACCCCUAUUUUACAACCAAUUUCAAUCAUGACUGUUGCAUCAGAAUUCGAACAAGCUAACAAAUCUUACGUUGAUCAAUUCACCAAGGGCAGUUUACCCCUUCCACCAGCAAGAAAAGUUGCCGUGGUUGUAUGUAUGGAUGCUCGUAUUGACCCCGCUGCUGCCUUGGGCCUUACUGAAGGUGAUGCCCACGUUAUAAGAAAUGCUGGAGGAAGAGCCACCGACGCGCUUCGUAGUGUUAUUAUUUCUCAAAGAUUGUUAGGAACCCGUGAAAUCGUUGUUAUUCACCACACUGAUUGUGGUAUGUUGACAUUCACAGAUGAGGGAUUACGAAAGAUUGUCGAAGACGAAACUGGACAAAAUGUAGACCAUUUUGCCUUUUUACCGUUCAAUGACUUAGAAAAGAGUGUUAAAGAUGACGUUGAGUUUUUCAAGAAGAAUCCUUUAGUUUUGGAUGUUCCUGUUACUGGAUAUAUCUAUGAUGUCAAAACAGGAAAAAUUACUCAAGUGUAAGUUAAAAGGCAACAUAUUAAAUUCCUAUGAUUCUUUACUUUUCUAUUCGUUAUAGCACGUGUAUAUGAUAUAAGUUCUUCGUACGUUAUGCAUAUCUCCUGAUUUG